CGAACAUUAGCAUCCGGGCUGCAAACCGCUCUGUUUAUAUUUUGGGUAUUAAGUUUUGGAUUUAUGUUAUAUAGCUGCUCCAGACACAGUCAAGUCGCCUCAAAUUGACAACCGGAAGACGGUUAGGUUCUUAUUAAACGACCCACACAGCAACAAAACUGGCCCCUCCACUGCCUGUCACCAUGCCCGCCCUGCUGGAGAGACCCAAGCUGUCCAACGCGAUGGCCAGAGCCCUCCACAAACACAUCAUGAGGGAGAGAGAGCGCAAGAGACAAGAGGAGGAAGAGGUGGAUAAAAUGAUGGAGCAGAAGAUGAAAGAGGAGGAAGAGAGGAAGAGGACGAAAGAAAUAGAGGAGAGGAUGUCUUUGGAGGAAACCAAAGAACAGGUAAUGAAGAUGGGCGAAAAACUUCAGGUACUCCAAGAGGAGAAACACCAGCUCUUCUUACAGCUCAAGAAAGUACUUCAUGAAGAGGAGAAGAGGCGCAGAAAGGAGCAGAGUGAUAUCACAACACUGACGUCAGCCAGCUACCAACCCAGCCUGCCCAUGCACGCAGGGCAGCACCUCCUCAGCAUUCAAGGUAGCCCAGUCAGCCACAGUCGACCUGGUGCACUACUUGGAGAACGUAGUAAACAGCUGUUCCCUGCUGCUGUCAUUCCAGCACGUCACUAUCAGACACCCGGGUUCAGCUCAGGCUCAGCAGAGCACGGACAGUUCAGCGGGGGUCAGGGCGUCCAUGAGCCCUAUGGGGUCGCUCAGGCCCAGCAUCCCUCCACCUACGCCCCUGGACCAUCAGUACCUGUCAGUUUUGCUAGCAGCUCUCAGAUCAGAGGUGCGUCUGCAUUUCAGGCCAUGCAGUACCUCCCCCACCAGCAGCCUGGCUACCCUGUCCACAGUCAUUUCACCUCCCAGCCUGGUUACAUUCCCGGAGCAGGGAUACCCCUUCAGAAGCAGCUGGAACAUGCCAACCAACAGUCAGGCUUCACUGAUGCAGGUGCUUUGAGGCCGAUGCACCCACCAGCCAUACAUCCUUCUGCUCCAGGACUGCUGCCCACACCGUCAAUGGCGGUCCAGAUUCCCACUGCAAAGGCCCCAUUCCAGAGCUCUCCCCAGGGCGCUCCUCGCCACGGCUUCCUCCCCCACAGCCAGAGUGGGCAGAGGUUCUACCACCACGGCAAGUAACUCACAGCCACCUUCACCUUUGUCGUCAGUGAGACUUCACAGCUCCACUCAAGAUUUCGGGGAACCUUUCAGACGAGUAUUGGAUCUUCUUCUUAAGAAACAAACAAAGUAAUUUGUCUGGAUGAUGCCACAUGAUUUGUGUUUUAAUUUCCUGUACAGUAUCUUGUUUUUACGUUAAUGAGCGAUCAGUGGUCCUCAUGGUUACAUGCUUCUGUAAACAUCCAGCUUUGACUUUUUACAUACUUCAAAUGAUGUUAAUUUGUAAAAUAGAUUAUUUUAGCUACGCUGUAAAGCCGUUCUGGAGGUGCUCGUGUGCACUCAAGUGUUAAUAUCUUGUACAAAGCAAGACUGCACAAACCAGAGCUUAUUCUUUGUAUACUAACAUUCAGAAUUACGACGUCAGUGAAAGGGAUCAGUGUCUCUAGUGACUCUGCUCCCUCAAAAGAUUAGAGGUAAACUUUCAGCAACACUUUGUUAAAUUUAGAGUAGGUGGAUUAAAUCAACAUGUGUCCGCUAAAAUCACACGCACACUGAUGAACACUACUAUAACUGAAACAUUUCAUGUGUUGCUGGUUUCCAUCAGGGUCGGUGACCUCAAAUGAAGUCUCUGCUGUUUUAAAGCUUUCAUGUUGCCAAAUAAAACGACAAGCAAACGUCCCAA